GUUGAGUGCUCCAUUCUCCACCUGCCUGAUUUCCAGGUAGCACCGCCAAACAGGCACCCCCGACGACAUCGACGACAUCCGACAUCCAACAGGCGAGCGACAGGCGAUGAUCCCGACAGCCCUCCACAACACGCCCUCGACUAGCUAGCACCCGCCGCCGCCGCAGGCCGAAUGCGACAGCGAAAAUGGAGUUCGUUGCCGCCGCCGCGGGCGCGUCCUUCGACGAGGGCAAGCCGUCGCUGUUCGAGCUGCUGUCGGAGCAGCAGCUCGCCAUGCUGCUGCCGCCCACGAUCCGCUACCUCCUGACGGUGGCGACGCACCGCUACCCGCGCCACCUGCUACGCGUGCUCAACUCGUUCGACGAGAUCUACGCCCUCGCCUCCCUCAUCGUCGAGCGCCACUACCUCCGCACCCGCGGCGGCUCCUUCACCGAGCACUUUUACGGCCUCAAGCGCGAGCGCGCCGCCGGCCCCGUCUCGUCGGCCGACCUACCGCGGCUGUCAGCGGCGGCGCCGCACCUGGUGCGCGACGCCAUGGCGCUCAGGUCGACCCGCGACGUCUGGCGCAGCCUCGCCGCGCUCGUGCUCUUCCCCUACCUCAAGCGCCGCCUCGACGAGGCCCACGAGGUCGACGCCCCGCGCGCCGCCCUGCUGGGCGCCGCCUACAACCAGCCGCCGCUCCCAGGUGCACCGCUGCGCGAGCGCCUACUGUACGCCUACCGCUGGUUCCUGCGCCGCGUCUACCCGGGCCUCAACGCGUCGUACCACCUCGCCGCGCUGGCCUUUAGCCUCGCCUACCUGUUCGACGGCAGCCGCUUCCACCACCCGCUCGCCUGGCUCGCCGGCGCGCGCGUCCGCCGCAUGAACGCCGCCGACUACCGCGCCAUUGAUGCGCUCGAGAAGGGUGUUGCUGCUGCCGGCGCGGGCGGCGCGGCCUCGCUGCUCUCGCCCAGGGGGCUGGCGUCCAGGGCGCUGUCGGGCCUGUCGCUGGCCCUCCCCGCCAGCCUGGUCCUGCUCAAGUUCCUCGAGUGGUGGCACGCCUCCGACUUUGGCAAGCACCUGUCGGCCCGGACCGCCGAGAGCCUGGACCUGCCGCCGCCCGUCGUCACGGGCCUGGGCCUGCCGGAGCGGAUGAAGCAGGCGGCGGCGGCGGCGGCGGCGGCGGAUAGCGGUGUCGAUCAAGAGGAGAAGAAUAAGAGCAAGGAAAAGGGCAAGGAGAUUGAUGGGAACGAAGAAGAAGAGGAGAAAGAGGAGGCAGAGCCGCUGGCCGAGGACGCGCCCAUCGCCACGCCGUCCAUGCUCCCCAUCCUGACGGUCAAGCCGCCGGCCGACUCGUCGCUGUGCCCCAUCUGCGCCGACGACAUCACCACGGCGACGGCCUGCCAGACGGGUGUAGUCUACUGCUACACCUGCAUCCACCGCUGGGUCGCGGGCGAGCACCCGAGGCAGGAGGUAUUCAUGGCGGGGGGCAAGGAGGGCAGGUGGGAGAGCGGAGCCGGCCGGUGCGCCGUCACAGGCCGGCGCGUCCUCGGUGGCACCGAGGGCCUGAGGCGGAUAAUGGUUUAAGCCGCCUGUUUUGAAGACUCGCUGGAAGUAAUUAGGUAGAUGAUGAGAGCAUUAGAUGGCGUUGGGAGCGGGCAUGAUAUGUUCUAUUAACCACUGUUGUUCUUUUAUUGAUAUGUACUCGGCCUUCCCUAGUUGCCUGUUUGGCCGUCAUGGUUG